GAGAGAGAGAGAGAGGGCUCUGCUACGAUGGAGGAGGCAAAGGGAGUUGUGAAGCACGUAUUGUUGGCCAAGUUCAAGGAUGACCUCUCACCUGAAAAGAUAGUUGAACUCAUCAUAAGUUAUGCCAAUCUCGUCAAUCUCAUUGAACCCAUGAAAGCUUUCCAGUGGGGAACAGAUGUGAGUGCAGAGAACCUGCAUCAAGGAUUCAGCCAUGUGUUCGAGUCUACUUUUGAGAGUGUGGAAGGAGUUGCAGAGUAUGUUGCACACGCAGCCCAUGUUGAAUUCCUAAACUUGUUCAUGCCUGCAUUGGACAAGGUUGUCAUCAUUGAUUACAAGCCCACCUUUGUGAAGCUCUAA